AUGCCUCCAAAGAAGAACGUGAAGAUGGAUUUGUCAUCCUUUUUGGCUGACGACACAUUUGGCUCAGCAACAGACUCCUGGGCGGAUGAGUUCGAUCCUUCCAUGAUACAGAACCCAUCGUCCACUAUCGACAUUGGUUUUGAGCUGCCAUCGAGCGAGCCUGUAAUUCCAGAACAGCCACCAUACACUGCGAGAAUUGCGUCUUUCCCAGACGGAACCACCGAGGACGACUUGAGAAACUUCUUUGUUGAAGGCUUGAAAUUGGCUGAGCCUGAAAAGGCCAUCGAGGACUUCUAUUGUCCAAAGGACUUGGACGGAAGCUUGAAGCCAUUUGCCUUCAUCACUUUUGUGACCAGAGAAUUGCUGGUUGCCGCCUUGGCAUUGAACGACCAGCCGAUUCACAACAGAGCGGUUUACGUGUCUGUUGCCAAGCCAUCCAAGAGAGAAAGAAGAUCCAACCAAGAAUGGGGUUCAGCAAGAGGCUCCAGACCUGGCCAUUUCGAAGAUGAGGCCGAUAUCGACUGGUCUGGUGCCAGAGGCGGCAGGUCCCAAAGAGAACCAUACCAAAGAGACUCAUUCCAAAGAGAACCAAGAAGAGAAGAAGUUGAAAUCAACUGGGAUGGCGCAAGAGGUGGCAGAGAGCCACCUGUCAGGGACGACGACAGAUCUUUCAGAGGUCCUCCAAGAGAAAGAAGACCUUUGCCAAGAGACGAAGACUUCAACUGGGGCUCCGCUAGAGGCUCCCAGACCCAGCCAGAGGUCCAAGAAAGAUCUUUCAGAGGUCCUCCAAGAGAGAGAACUGGCCCACCAAGAGAAGACAACUUCAACUGGGGUGCUGCCAGGGGCUCCCAAACUCAACCUGAAGUUCAAGAAAGACACUUCAGAAGCGCACCAAGAGAAAGACAUGCAGAACCAAAGGAUGACUCUUUCAACUGGGGUGCAGCUAGAGGAUCAUUGCUCAACACAGAACCUAGAAGAACAUACCAAAAGCCUAAGCCAGACAACCUGGACUGGGAAGCCAAGGGCUCUAUGCUUAACAAGGAAAAGGCUCAAGCCAAGCCCCAACCAAAGACGGAAAAGAAGGAGAGCACUAUUGAUGGCCCUAAGAAAUCUAUGUUCAGUGUUUUACAAGACGAAGAUGAAGACAACGUAGACGAGAACGAAGACAAAGAAGAAAAGGAGAAGGACACGAACUCAGGCUCGAAAGACCAAACCGAUGAAAUUGCCAAAAGUACAGCUGAGUUAUCACUAAAUGAUGAAAGUGGCUGGACCGUCCCAAAGAAAUAA